CCCAAACGUUAUUGAUUUUCGGGUUUUGAAAAAAGUGGAACCGGGUCCUUGAUAGAACCGGGUUUCGAUCCCCAUUUCUAGGUGUACAGGAAGCGCUGCUGAGUUUAUGGUGUCUCAUUACUUCCUCAUUUGCCAGACAGUCACUGUGGUGUUGGAUGUAAACGCUUUACUUUCCUUAAUAAUUGUUUGUGGACAAAUAAAUUUAGGCCAGAAUAAACUUCAUAUCUUCAGGUUGCUUGAUAGGAUCCACUCGCUCCUCAACCUCAAGGAGAGAGUUUGGUGCUUUUAUGUGAGGUGUCCUUUAUUAAACCACCAAUAGAACGCCUUUUUGCUGUGUUUGUCUUUCCAGACCGCCUGCAGGAUUAUGUUGGAAAAGAGGAGGGUUUCUCUGACCAUCAGCUCUGUGGACAGGAGAGGAAAUCCAGUUUGGAUCAAGAGGAGUCGAAACAUCCGCAGAUAAAGGAAAAGCAUCAAAAGCCAGAACAUCUCUGGAUAAAAGAGGAAACCAUGGAGCUCCCCAUAAGUGAGCAGAAAGAGCAGCUUGUUCUUAAGCAGAAUAUUAAAGAUACAAGAGAGAAACCUUUCCCAUGUUUGACAUGUGGAGAAAACUUUCUUAAAAAAAAGCAUUUAAUGGCUCACAUGAGAACUCACACAGGUGAGAAGCCUUUUGAAUGUCUGUCCUGUGGAAAAAGCUUCACUAAUAAAUCUAAUCUUGAUACACACAUCAGAACUCACACAGGUGAGAAGCCUUUUGAAUGUCUGACCUGUGGAAAAAGCUUCACUAACAAAUCUUCUCUUGAUACACACAUCAGAAUUCACACUGGUGAGAAGCCUUUUGAAUGUCUGACCUGUGGAAAAAGCUUCACUAACAAAUCUCAUCUUGAUACACACACCAGAAUUCACACAGGUGUGAAGCCUUUUGAAUGUCUGUCCUGUGGUAAAAGCUUCACUAGGAAAUCUUCUCUUGAUAAACACAUCAGAAUUCAUACUGGUGAGAAGCCUUUUGAAUGUCUGUCCUGUGGAAAAAGCUUCACUAACAAAUCUUCUCUUGAUACACACAUCAGAAUUCACACUGGUGAGAAGCCUUUUGAAUGUCUGACCUGUGGAAAAAGCUUCACUAACAAAUCUCAUCUUGAUACACACACCAGAAUUCACACAGGUGUGAAGCCUUUUGAAUGUCUGUCCUGUGGUAAAAGCUUCACUAGGAAAUCUUCUCUUGAUAAACACAUCAGAAUUCACACUGGUGAGAAGCCUUUUGAAUGUCUGUCCUGUGGUAAAAGCUUCACUAGGAAAUCUUCUCUUGAUAAACACAUCAGAAUUCACACUGGUGAGAAGCCUUUUGAAUGUCUGUCCUGUGGAAAAAGCUUCACUAACAAAUUUUCUCUUGAUACACACAUCAGAAUUCACACUGGUGAGAAGCCUUUUUCCUGUACCAUUUGUAACAAUAAAUUUAAUCAAAAGAGUCAUUUGACUAAACACAUGAGAAUUCACGGGUGUGAAGCCUUUUGAAUAAGUCACAGCAGUGAGAUGCCACAGGAAUGAGCAGUAGAGGUGUUUACCAUGUUUGACUGGUGAUAUAAUGUCCAUCUAGAAACUCCUUCACCUCAUUACAUGAGAAACUCACAGGUUAAUGUCCUUUUUUGAGGCAAGUUUUGAGAAAGCCAUUAAUCAAAAGCUCUGUUUACAUAGAUACCAGAACAGAUAAUGUGUUAUAUCGUAAAUCUGGUAAAUACUCCGGUCCUAUGAUUUAUUUUUAUUUAUUUUUUUGUUUGUGUCCUUUUAUUGCCAAUAUGUAAUCUGUACCUGAGCUUUUCAUGACAGUCUGAACAAUAAAAAUCUGAUUUUGCAACAAUA